AUGUCCGACAGCGACGUCAAUGUCGACGUCACCUCGACGGACAAUGAAAAGCGACCAACCCCUCCAGCCCGGGUCUAUGGCCUGGCUGCCCGAGUCGAUCCUACCGUUACCUUCGAGGAAUUUCGCUACUGGGCGAAGCUCCAGCGUGCGGAGGAACGAGAGGAGAACCUUCGAUAUAUCGAAGAGCAGGGCCCUAUGACGCUAUCCAAGAUGAUCAAAAACCGAUUCUCCCACGGAAUCCACCAUGAGAGGAAGAAGAAGGAACAGAAGGAAGCAGCCAGACGGGAAGCGCUACAGGUCACUGCGGAGAGUAACGGCGAGCAGGAGCAAAACCCGAAACAGACCGCGCGUGAGGAGACGAUGACAGUGACGGAGGAGGAAUGGAAAACAGCCAGCAGGGCGCUCAAGACAGCGGGCUGGGGCAGCGUUUUCUAUCUGAUCACAACCGAUAUUCUGGGCUGGGAGACCACUGCGUUCGUGUUCUCCAGUGUAGGAUUCGGCCCCGGCGUGGCUCUGUACAUCAUCUUCGGUUGCUUCGCCGCCCUCAGCGGUUGGAUCUUGUGGAGAGUUUUCCUAGGAUUGGACUCGGCGCAGUAUCCAAUGGUUUCAUUUGGCGACACGUACUUUCGCGUUUACGGCAGGAAGGCACGGCACUUCAUCAACGUAGCACAGUCGCUCCAGCAAUUUAUGACGGUCGCAGUGCUUAUUCUGUCGAACGGUAUCAAGAUCGCCCAGCUGUCGAAAAGAGAGAUCUGCUUUAUCGUCUGCAUGAUCAUCUUCAUGGUAGCUGGCAUGAUGUUUGGCAGUAUUCGUAGCUUGCAGCACAUCGGAUGGUUUGCCAACGUGUCCGUCUGGGUUAACAUCAUCAGCUUCAUCAUCAUCAUGGUGGCAAGUGCCAACUUUGGAAUCGAUUACGCCGCCGUCACGCGGUCCACGCUGAUCAAAGAGAUCGGGCCCGUUCGGACGUUUGCAGGUCCUCCACCGGACCAAUACCAGCAGCAGGCGCACGGCUUCGCUGGCCAGUUCAACGGUGUCAAUCAGAUGGUUUACAGUUACGGUGGUGCUCUCCUCUUUGUCGCUUUCAUGGCAGAAAUGCGCCAUCCGUGGGAUUUCUGGAAGGGCUUGCUCUGUGCCCAGGUCUUCAUCUGCCUGGUCUAUCUGUUCUUCGGAGCCUUUGUACGUCAGCGACGUGUUCUAAUUCUCGGGGUUCGUAUUGAUCUAACCUCAUUCCUCCAGGUCUAUGGCCAUUACGGCCAGUACUCAGUGGCCAACCUCAAGAACGUCAUUCAACCCCGCGCACUUCAAAUCGUCUGCAACUCCCUGGGCCUGAUAACGGCCUCGAUCGCAUGUUUGAUGUACUUCAACGUCGGCAUGAAGACGGUCUAUAUUGAGGUCUUUCAGGAGGCCUUUAAAUUCCCACCGAUCACGACGCGCAAGGGACGAUGGAUGUGGUACGCCCUCGGUCCCGUCUACUGGAUCGUCGCGUUCCUCGUGUCGGCAUCGGUGCCGAACCUGAACGGUAUUUCUGGUCUCGUGGGCGCGCUGCUGAUCCUCAACUUCACGUACACGUUCCCGGCCUUCCUGUACAUCGGGUUCAGGUGUCAGACCGAUGCGGCGCUGCCAGGAGAGGGAUUCGACCCGGCGACGGGCGUGACGACGAGACUCGACGGAGGAUGGAGGCGAUGGCUGCGCGGCUACAAGAAGAGCUGGCCAAUCAACACGCUCAACCUCUUCUACGGCCUCGGUGGGCUCGUGUGCUCCGGGAUGGGGGCGUGGGCCGCUAUUGAAGGGCUGAAACAGGUCUUUGGGCCCGGUGGAACCGUUGCCACCUCGUUUGGGUGCGAGCCACCAGUGUAAACGGCCGAAACGCAGAGACGCUGGUACUAUUCAUCAUGGGACCGCCCACCCUGCUUGUUUGCUUUUCCCCCCGCCCUUGGGUUUGAUGGAAAGGGAUGGGAAUAGUAGGCGGUUUUCCACGAAGUAAUUUGACGGUGGGUACUGAGAGUCUCCGUGCAAAAACAAAGGCACACGAAAUGAGGAUUAUAUGUGUGUAGAAAGUGCUUUGACAUGAAAGGUACUAAUGAGAUAUA